UCUGAGUUAACCAAUAUUUUUUGUGUGUUUAUUUUAAUUUUUAUUUUAAUCGUCUUUAAAUUAAUUAUAAUAAUUAUUAUUUAUCAUGGAUGAUAUUCUUGACAAAGAAAUUGACCACAAUAAUAUUAGGGCACUGGACAAUUUAAAAUACGACUAUUCCAGUACCCACUCAGAAGACGAAGAAGAUUUCGACAUCGUCACUGAAGAAAUCUCAAUCAAAUCCGAAAAUGAUGUCGAUAUGAAUGGUUCAGAUGUAAUAAUAAAAUCAGAAAUGAAGGAAAAAAGCUUAGACUUAAGUACAGAUAUAAUUAUGCCAGAGGCAUCAAAUUCUAGCUUAAGCAAUUCAUUUAAUCUAAUUACAAAACCUAAAAAAGAUGUAAAAAGUAAAAGGGAACUGGAAGAAGAGGAACGCGAAAAGAUGCAAGUUUUAGUGUCAAAUUUCACAGAAGAUCAAUUGGAUCGUUAUGAAAUGUAUCGAAGGUCAGCCUUUCCAAAAGCAGCCAUUAAGAGACUAAUGCAAACCAUAACAGGCUGUUCUAUCUCUCAAAAUGUCGUCAUUGCUAUGGCUGGUAUUGCAAAAGUGUUUGUCGGAGAAGUUGUUGAAGAAGGUCUUGAUGUAAUGGAAGAGUUGGGAGAUACUGGUCCUUUGCAGCCAAAACAUUUAAGAGAGGCAGUAAGAAGAAUGAGAAAAACAGACAGUAUACCAAGUGGUCGAGAUUAUAGGACACAUUUUAAGCUUUAAUAUUAAAUUAGUUAAAGUCAAAUAUUUUAUAAACAGUUUUUUAAGUUGUUAUAAGUGAAAAAUUUUAUUUUAAGUUUUAUUUAUCUACACGUUGUGUGUGUAUUACUGAACUUUGUGAAUAAAAACAAUUUACUGACAAUAUUAUAUUCUUUGAUAUUUA